AUGAUGGCCAUCCGGAGUUACUUUGAAACCACACCCUCGGCAUUCAUGGGCAGCUACCACUGGCAAACCAAAACGCAGGCCGAUAGCAAUUCUCACUUGGUCAUCGUUAAGGACGGUUCCCAGUAUAUUACUAAUCUAACACAUGUCGAUAACCAUCGAUACUUUCUACUCUUCAACACGAUCAGUGAAAACCAGAUCGAUCGUAGUAAAGAGGCUCAAACUUAUGCAGCGGAAUACGACAAACUGAAAUCCCUGGACGCUUCACAGUUGACGGUCAGACGGGUGCGCAGGCCCACUCCCCGGUAUCCGCUGCUGGAGGAGCGGAUGGUGGAGUGGAUAAACGGCCAGCUCGUGGCUGGUCAUGAUGAGCCGACGAUCACGACCAUCCAGACAGUCGCGCGUUACUUGGCCACGCAACUGGGCAUCCGAAAUUUUACGGCCUCCAUCACCUGGGUGCAGCGUUUCCGGCGCCGCUGCGGCAAAUGAAGCAAUCAUUUUGCCAGCGUCUAACAACGAGCAAGAAAUGCAGCCA